CCAGAACGUCCGUUCCACCCCCCUUCUUCAGACUGGACAUUCUAUCUGACUGCCGCUCGUUGACCUGUUUUUUUCUUUCGUAAUUUAUUCCUUUCACGGAGACCCGUUUCUCUCCUCGAUUUUUUCCCUUCCGGUCUGUCAGUGGGGGGUUUAUCUUUGACGAGAGAGAGAGAAUGCUCUUUGUCCGCAACAACUGAACUUGGGAAUUUCCUCCACACGACACAUACGGAGUUAUUUACACCUACAUCUACGCUUACUCCUACACUUUAAUAAACACGAAUUCUAUCGCCAUGGUGGACUGGCUGAGUCUCGCCGUUCCGCUCGCCUAUCUAGGUGUUCUGAUCGGUUCGCUGGCGACCUUUUCGUCUCUGUACCGCAAGCGCAAAGCCCAAAAAUCCCUCUCCCUCGAACCAUGGUUCCCCGCACACCUCCAACGCGACGUCUAUUUCUCUCUCCUCCACCUGGACCCGGCUGCAUCAUCGUCGUCAACGAAGGAGAAGAAGGCCCCCGCCGUCCCGGAGACAGUGCUCAAGGCUGCUCUGAUGAGGCGCGCCACGGAGGAUAUCCGCCGGGUCAUGGCCCUGCGCACACAGAAGCAGGCCCUGGCGAUGCUGUUGCAACGCGGGAGCGUCGGCGAUGAUCUGUGGCAACGGUUCCAGAGGGCCGAGAAAGAGAUGGAGGAGGAGGUUCGCGAGGUUGUUGCCGAGGCCAACACAUACACACCCAACUGGGGACAAACAAUCUUCCAAUCUGCAAAUGAGAUGUUGAACAACAUUGGAUUCCGCAAGCGCAUGGAGGUGCAUCAGAUCAAGCUGCAGGAGGAGAAGGACUGGUGGGCCAAGAAGAGAGCGACUGCCCAGGAGGAACUGAUGAGGGAAUUGGACGAUGAAAAGGCCUCUGCUUCCAAACCCGCCGCCGAGUCGAAGCCCGCAGCCACAGCCACAGCCACACCUACGACCACAGAAACAACCACUGACAAAACCGCAACGACUCCUGCCGCACCCAUUUCCGUGGCUGGCAGCGACGAUGAUGCCGUCCUUGUCGAGGCAGAGGAACAACAGCAACAAGCUACGGAAACCGGGUCAGCCCCGGGUACGCCUUCGGGGGGUAAAAAGAAGAAGAAGGGCAAGAAAUGAGCAACGCAGAUCACCUGUAUAACUGUUCCUUUUACGAAUCUUGAUAGAAAUUACAAAAUAAUCCAGUCUUCACUGAGAUUAGGAGCGGUCAUUUCUCUUCUAAGAUUUCUACAUAGCUGUCAUACGAGUAUUCUAGCUGAGUAUUCUAAACGAGCCAUCGAUUAAGAGAGAGGUAGGUGUAUCUAUGUAACUAUUCACUGGUCUAAUAUACAGUCACUCAAC